UGGCAGCCUCAGUAACACACGUCCCCUUGGAGACUAGAGCAACACGUGAUGCGUCUACUUAUCACGUUCACUGAGCAGCGCUCAGGAACACACUUUGAGGAAAAAGUGACUUUUCUGACCCUCACUCGUCGGAAGUAUCGAUGGCCAUCAUUCCUUUAGGGAGCUAACAGAGUGGGCGAUGUGAAGUAUCCAGUUGGCGAACUUUGCACAUCCUCAAAUACGCCAUUUUGAUCGCUCUCCGGAACAAGUUUGCAGUUUUUUUCGAAGUCCAUCAUCUCUUUUCACCAUCACCAUGUCUCAGCGCUAUCAGCCCAACCCCGACAAAGUCAAGCUAUGAACAGAGGUCGCUGUCCCUCAUCCUGUGUUCGUGACCCCGUGACUCCAUGACCCUGUGACGUGUUUAGCCCAAAUCUUAAAAUGGAAAUGGAAAGUGCCUCCUCUGAAAAGCCUGUCAGCAAUGGUGUUGGUGCUGCUGAUGUGAAUGAACAGUUUCAUUUGUCAGAAGAGGCUGUUAACAAUCAGCCAUCCACACAUACACCAGAACCUGUUGAAGAAGAAAACAGUGAUGGAAUGGACAAACCAGAGCAUGAAGAUGAAGUCAGAACAGAGGAGGAGCUGUCCUCCAUCAACUCCAUGAUGAGCACUGUGAUGAAUGUGGGCCAGAUCAAUGGAGUCGACUCUGAGCCCACCAAAACAUCUCCCAGAAAUACCACCAAAUCACCCUCUGUCAGUCGUACUGGGAGAAGAAAUCAGGAAGUCAAAGAUGAACGCUCAAGCUUCAUUUGCCCCCUGUGUAACAAAAACUGCAUGACACAGCACCAGCUCACCAUGCAUAUCAGACAGCAUAACACAGAUAGUGGGGGCACUGACCACUCCUGCAGUAUCUGUGGGAAGGCUUUGAGCUCGGCCAGUUCUCUGGACCGCCACAUGCUGGUUCACAGUGGAGAGAGGCCAUACAAAUGUGUGAUAUGUGGCCAGACAUUCACCACCAAUGGAAACAUGCACAGGCACAUGAAAAUUCAUGAAAAGGAUGCAAACAGUAUUCCUACCCUCAGUUCUUCCACACGAAAGCGCCAACGACCCACAACUAAUAGGAAGCCCAGUGUAGAGGAUGAAGCAGAGCAGGCUGAGGAACCACCAGUAAAAAAAGUGAUGUUGAUGCAAAAGCCUGGAGAGGAUGAUUCUGUCAAGAGUGAAGAAGAGCUCCUUCACUGCCCCAUCUGCUUUAAGACAUUCAUCUGUAAAUAUGAUCUGGAAUCACACAUGGAGACACAUCCUGACACUACACUCAGGUGUAACAUUUGUUGCAUUACCUUUCGCACACACCGUGGUCUCCUGCGUCAUAACGCCGUCAUUCAUAAGCAGCUUCCCACUGACCCCUCUGGACGACCCUUUAUCCAGAAUAACCCCUCCAUCCCUUUGGGGUUUGGAGACUUGGCUUUCAUUGACUUCAGCUGUCAAAAGUUUCCCCAAAUUGCACAGGUCUGGUGUGAGAGCAAUUUGCGCAGAUGCUCUAGCAAGUUCCAUAAAUUUGUUUGUGAGGUCUGCAACAAGGCCUUCCCUCUUCAGCAGUCUUUGGAUCUCCACAAAUUCUCACAUAAAUGUAGCACAGACACCAGCACUGAACCUCAGGAACAAAACGCUUAUGCUGUUACGGAUGCACCCAAAGUCAGCUCCCAUUCCAUGGAUUCCAAGGAGGUCAAUGAACUAAUACCACAUGUUGAUAGUACCCGUUCAGAUGGGAAGAAUGGUUUCAUGGAGUGCCUAGGUCUCCAACACUCCUCCUUAGCCAAGCCAGAGAAAUCAGAAGAGCAAAUUCAGCAGGAAGUUUUAGACAGCAUUCGCUUCAUUCGCGUUGAGCCACCUUCAACAAAUCUACCUCAAGAAAGCAGUAGCAGUCUCGGCAUCUCUAUUUUGGAGCCCGUCUCUCUUCAAGCCAUGAACAAGAAUGCCGCCCUUAGCCUUCUGUCUCUACAGCCGCUCCAUGGUGUCGUCAGUAGUGGUAUGUUUGUCCCAAUAAGUGGUCAAGCUGCGGUGGAGCUGGCGGACAUUGAACAAAUCCUUAAGAUCGCAGCCUCUGUGCCACCUCAGAUGUCUUUGUCUCUGCUUCCCAAAGGUCUGGGGAGUCCUCUACAGGUGGACCCCAAACAGAUUGCUUCCCUGAAACCUAAACCCUUAAUCACUCCUCGAUCCAGCAUGGGUGCUUCCACACCCCCUCCACCCAUCAUGAACGCCCAACAAGCCUCAUCGGGUAACAUCAGUCCUAGCCUUCCACCCCAGACGGGCCAACAAGUGAGAACUACCAGACAAUCAUCAGCCUCCUCUUCGUCCUCAACCUCGUCCUCUCCCACAAAUUGGGAGACUACUCAACUGGGGCCAGAUGUCAUAGGAACCACGAUUAUCUCGUAUGAAACUGGAAAGCAAGAAGAGUUUGACAGCAAAGAGAAGGAAUCAAGAGUUGUGGGCAAGAAGACAGCCAAGGCAGAGUACCCUUGUCGGUUCUGCAAAGAAGUCUUUUCCUUCUUAGGCGGCCUUCAGGCUCAUAUGCGUCACCAUCUGGGAGCUUCACCAUAUCAGUGCACCAUUUGUAGCUACGCCGCUCCUGACAAAGCAACGCUGAUUCGACAUCUCAGAACUCACAGCGGUGAGCGGCCAUACGUAUGCCGCCUCUGUCAUUACCCUUUCACUGUGAAGGCCAACUGUGAGCGCCAUCUGCGAAAGAAACACAUGAAGAACACACGCAAAGACAUAGAGAAAAACAUAGAAUAUGUAACCACCUCCUCUAGUAUAAGCGGUGUCAUUGGAGGCACCACAUUAGACCUCCUCGAUGUGGCUGGUGCUGGUAGCACAUCUUGUCGAUAUUGUGGGGAGGACCUUAAGAACUACCGAGCCCUUCAGAUUCAUCUGAGAACACACAAUGGAUGUCAGCGGAAGCCUUUUGAGUGUAGGCAAUGUGGGGUGGCAUUUCUCGCUAAAAGGAACUGCAUUCACCACUUGCUGAAGCAUCAUCCAGAUGUUCCAGAAAGGGAAAUUGAGGAGCACAUUAAAAGUCUUGUACCGGUUGGAGGAGACACCACUGCUCAAGCCAACCCUCCAACCUCAAAUGGGCUGGUUAACACCACUGUUCCUCAGAAUGUAGGUCCUUUGUCUGGGCCUGUUGAGGACCAGGACCAGCCUUUAGAUUUCUCUAGCAAAUCUCAAAAAACAAUUGCUUCAAAUGUUAAGCUAGAAGGGACAACAUCUCCUCUGUUUAAUGACUGCUCUUUGGAGCCCAUUGAUCUCUCAAUACCUAAGGAUCCUGAGAAGAAGAGAACGAUGAAAGAACUUCCUCAGAGCAUGUCCCUGAAUCAUCAUGUCAAGAAAGAAAAGACCCCUGAAACCCCUGGGUUUCGUGCAGCUCUCCCAGUCUCCAUUUCUAACCUGGCCCCAGCUGUAUCUAGUGACCUUACCAAGCCCUUUACCCGCUUGAAGCCACUGUUACCAAAACCAUCUUCUGUUUCUAGUACUUCUGAAAUGCCACCGCUGGCCUCCAUUGCUCAGAUCAUCUCAUCUGUGUCAGCUACCCCAGUGCUGAUUGAAACGGAAUUAGAUGCCAAGAACAGUGUUAGUGCAAUGGACUUUAAUGUAAUAAAUGAGAAGAAGAGUCCCUUAGGCACUGCCAAACUGGAUUCCACUCAAAAUGGAUCUCUUGAUAACUCAAAAAAGAGAGGCAAGAAGAGAGCAUUUCAGGAGUUCUGUGAUCCAAGAUUGGCAACAGGCAGUGGCAUUGACCUGGAGUCAAGUGGCGAGUUUCCCAGUGUAGAGAAAAUGCUAGCUACUACUGAUGCAAAUAAAUUCAGCCCUUACUUACAACCCAGUCAGAUGGAGCCAAUGAAAGAGGAGAAAGAGAAGCAGCCUGUCAAUAAGGAGACGAAGGAAGGACGAGAGGACAAGCCAAAGAAACCUCCACAGAACAAAGGAAAGAAGAAUGCCUACUCCAAUUCAGUGCAGAAAAUGACCUGCCCAUACUGCCCACGUCUGUUUCCCUGGGCCAGUUCAUUGCAAAGGCAUAUGCUAACACACACAGGUCAGAAGCCGUACCCUUGUCCUCAGUGUGAGUCAUUUUUUUCCACCAAGUCAAACUGUGAGCGCCACCUGCUUCGCAAACAUGGAAUAUCUAAUCGAGCACUUCAAAACAAUGGAUCUCGACCCAAACCUAAGGCCGACGAAGGAUCCCAAGGAAGCACAGGCACUUUUGAGAGUGUAUCUGACACUGAACCUUCUACAGCCGUAGAUAUUGUCGAUACGAGCUCUGUCGACCCAAAACAAGAGGAGAAAGCUUCAUCCCCAGAACAAGCAGAACAAACAGGACAAUCAGCCGCUGAACAAACAGACAGCAGCACGGAUCCAAACCAAACACAGCCAGCUGAGGGAAACCCUGAAAGAGUAGAAAAUGAUGAUGGUGAUGAUGACUCUCAGAGCAAUAAGAGUCUUGAUAUAAACCUUGCCAGCAAGCUUGUAGACUUCAAGUUUUCUGGAGCAGAGCAGAACCAGCCAAAAUCAACUGCUGAACCGGUUUCUCUUCCAGACGAGUUCCCACACACCUGUGCAUCCUGCAAAAAGACCUUCCGCCAUGCAGCCACUCUCAGCCGGCACCAGAAAACUCAUCUGGAGGUCCAGCCUGAGGAUGGAGGCAAGAAGGGAAGACGCCAAAGUGCUUCACAAAACCCAGUCAUAGCGCCCACAAAAGAGAUGGAGCAGGAUGCAAAGUUAGAAGAUGAUGAAAAAGAUGAGAACAGCAGCUGUGUAGAAAGUGGUGUUGAUGAGGAGGAGAAGGAGAGAGAAGAUAUGAGUUAUGAUGAAGAAGAGACUGCUUCCUCAGAGCUCAGGGCUUUGGAAGAGGAGGGCGAGUCAGCCGGAGGCAAAACCGAUAAGAGAAAGAAGAUUUGUGAAGUGUGCAGCAAACGCUUCUGGAGCCUGCAAGACUUGACCAGACACAUGCGUUCACACACUGGCGAGCGACCGUAUAAGUGCCAAACCUGCCAUCGUACCUUCACUCUGAAGCACAGUCUGGUGAGGCAUCAGCGUGUCCACCAGAAACCCACGGAUGAAAAAGGGACCGAUGAUGCAGAAAUGAAUGAAGAAAUGGAUGGAGCAAGAGAUGACGACAGAGUCCUGGAAAGAAAAGAGGCCAGGUGUUCAUCUGGAAGCGAAAGUGAAGCAACGGCUCCAAUCCAGAGUGAGAAUGAACGUGAGAAAGCAGAAGUGCCUCAAAAAGAAGAGAGUGAAGGACACAUAGAGGACCUUAAAGAGAAGCAGCACCCUGAAGAAUCAUCUAUGGAGAUGAAUUCUGCUGAAGAACCUCCCAAAGAACCUCAGCCUGAUGGGGCUGAACAGGAGGAACAUCAAACCGAGGAACCGUUAGUUGCUUCAGUAGAGGCCCAAUCAGGCUGUGACCCAGAACCUGCAAAAAUCAGUGUCCAUAGCUGUACAGCGGCUCAGGAAAUGACAGAGACGCCUGUUCAGUGAAGAGAAAAAACUGUGUUGAUGUUGUGCCAUAGUUUAUGAAGCUUCCACAAACACUAGGAGUUACAAAGCCUGGCCUUUGCUGAUAUUUGUCUUAUAAUACCGUAUGCAUGAAAGAUGCAGACUGGAGAACAGUUUCUGAAGCUUCUCUUGAUGCCUUAAUAUUUUUUUCUUUUCUUUUUUCUAAAAAUCUGGAUAAACACAACUGGACAGUAGCAAUUUUAAUCCUAUUUAUAUGAUUUUUAAUGAAUCAUAUAAAACCUUUAUAUCAAUCAAUUAGAAGCAUUUGUAUGAUGAACAAAAGAUUUAUGUAUCAGCAUUAAAAUGUAUUAUUCUUAAGUCAAUUUCUGUAUGUUUUUAGUAUCUUGUAUGAAAUUUGUUUGAUUUCUUUUUUCUUUUUCUUUUUUUUCUUGUGGAAUUGAAGAGCGCAAGUGCCUGACUCAUUUUCCUUAUCAAGAUUGGCUGAAUACGUUUUGGAUGAAAUUGCUGUUUAGCUCUGUAAUUUUUAUUUUGGGUGAUCAUCGGCCAAUCAGUUUCUUGGCAAUAUUUGCCUAUUCUAUGUAUAUUAUCCUCCAUCUUUGAGCCUCAUUGACAAAUGAUGCAGACAACGUGUAUAAAUGGCUGGAAGUCUUGAAACAGCACCUUCUGGUGGCGUAGAGUGUGAAGUAUUAUAUUGUAAGGCCUGUGCAUCAGAGAGAAGAGUGCUUCUGAGAAUCACACAGUAUGUAUUGACUAAGUGUGAUUUGUGUUUGCCGUUUUGUCUUUGUACUGGAAAUCUCCCUUAGUUUCACUUUGACUUCAACACUGGUGUUCACACUAAAAAUCAAACUUUUUUAUCCAAUAUUGGUUAAAGAAUGUAAAAAGUAGCCCUCAUACUGGUUUAUGUAGAAGGGAUAUAAAUAUUGCCUAAAAAAACAAAACAAAAACGCAAUUCAUUUAGUUUUACACUAGAUGUUGCAAUUUAAUAACGCAUGAUGCCCACACAACACGUCAUAUGAGAUUCAGUGGAAUUGACUAAAGUCCUCGCAAUGGCAAAAUGUUUACAAGUAUGUUUUCAUUCAUUUUGACAGCUGCGAGCCUUUGGAUUUAAAGCCAACUUAAGAAACAUUGUAAAUUAACUGGUCUUUAUAUUUUUUUGAAACACAUUUUCUUUGUAAUUUCUUUGUGUGUGUGUGUGUGUUUGUGUGUAAUGAUGUUUGUACUUGUAAAUUUGUACAAGUGCAUGAGUGUGUGCACAGCUAUAUGGACAGAAAACACUGAACAUUUUAUGCAGGUAUUUAUUGAUCAGACUUAAGCAUGUGGUUGUAAUUUUGAAAAGCCAUGUAGAACCCAGUUUGUGCAACGAGGAGAAUCAAAAAGAUGAAUGUUGUUGAACUUCUUUGAGGUUGUGAGGUUCUCUACAUUUUUGGAUACAUUGUACAUUAGGAUGCUUUGGAUAAUUACAUCUUUUUUGUGUCUUUUUGUUUGUCAGUUUAUGAAACCUUCAACCAAUUCAAUUAUACAUUUGUUUGAGAUCAUUGAACUAUAGAGUAUAAUUUGAUGGGUUUGACAUUAUAAUGAUAAAAAAAUAUUGAUUUUGCAUGUUAAUCUAAUUUGAAUUUCUCAGUUAUUCUCUUUCUCAGGGGCUUUUCAAAAUCAGCAUUUUUCUAUGUAAUCUAUCUGGUGUAUAAAUUUCGAGCUCUGUUCACUACACUACAGUUAAAGACUGCUCACACUGUGUAUAGGCUUCAUUGUACCAAACCUUUUCUGCAAGAAAUUGUAAUGUCAUUAUCAUUAGUGAUCAUGUUUGUCAGAUGAAUUGCAAGUAUCUGUCAGAUCAAUUCAGAUGUAGGCAACUCAUUGAUUUUGCUUGCUUCCUCCUUGCUGUUCAACCCUGUAAAGCAAAUAAAUCAUCCAAUCAAUAGGCUAAAUGUACACUAAGAAAGAGUGAGAAAUUAAGUCCUGUCAAUUUUUUUUUUUUUUUUUCUCAAUUAAAACUUCAAACAGUCCAAAAAGUUUCCACAUUUAAUUUUAUUUAAGUAAUGUGACUGGGGCCAAUAAAGAUUAUUUUUGAUAACUGAUCAUUUUAAA